GUCAACUCAACAGUCUCCAAAACGACCUAGCAACACUCCGUUCAUCUUCCCCCAAAAAUCUCCUCUCUCUCUCUCUCUCUCUCUCUAGAUCGGCGACAAUGGCGGCCGUCUCCGGCGAAACCCCUCUCCGCCUCGCCGCCGCCGCCCUCCUCCUCCUCCUCUCGGCCGCCGCCGCCGCCGUCGCCGUCGCCGAUCCCGACGCCGAUCGGGCGGCCGAGCUCCUCUCCCUCCAGUCCCGAUCCAAAUCCGGCGUCAUCCACCUCGACGACCACGCCGUCUCCCGCUUCCUCACCUCCACCAAGACCCCGCGCUCCUACUCCCUCCUCAUCUUCUUCGACGCCACCCAGCUCCACGACAAGUCCGAGCUCCACCUCCCGGAGCUCCGCCGCGAGUUCUCCCUCGUCGCCGCCUCCUUCGCCGCCAACAGCGCCGAGAACCCCAGCGCGCAGUCCAGGCUCUUCUUCUGCGACCUCGAGUUCAAGGAGUCCCAGUCCAGCUUCGCGCAGUUCGGGGUCAACUCGCUCCCCCACAUCCGCCUCGUCGGGCCCGAGGUGAAGAGCCUCAAGGACUCGGAGCAGAUGGACCAGGGGGACUUCUCCCGGAUGGCCGAGUCGAUGGCCGAGUUCAUCGAGUCCCGCACCGGGCUCCGCGUUGGCCCCAUCACCCGCCCGCCCAUGUUCUCGAAGACGCAGAUCGGGAUCGUCGUCGUGCUGGUGCUGAUCUGGCUGCCGUUCGCGGCGAAGAAGGUUCUGGCCGGGGAGACGCUGUUGCACGACAAGAAAGUCUGGCUGAUCAGCGCCGUGUUCGUGUACUUCUUCAGCGUCGCCGGCACGAUGCAUAAUAUUAUUAGGAAGAUGCCAAUGUUUUUGGUGGAUAGGAACGAUCCGUCGAAGCUGGUGUUCUUUUACCAGGGUUCCGGGAUGCAGCUCGGGGCCGAAGGGUUCGCGGUCGGGUUCCUUUACACGAUCGUCGGGUUGUUGCUGGCGAUGAUGACGCAUUUGUUGGUGAGAGUGAGGAAUGUGAAUGUCCAGAGGGGGAUCAUGUUCUCGGCGCUUUUGUUGUGUUUCUGGGCUGUGAAGAAGGUGGUGUUCUUGGAUAAUUGGAAGACUGGGUAUGGAAUUCACGGGUUCUGGCCUAACAGUUGGAAUUGAUUUCACUGGUUCGAACUCUUUUCCUUUCUGGAUUUUGAUGAUGGAAUCUUACUUGUAGAAUAAUAUUCAGGUUGUCUCUGAGUGUCACUUUUAUAGACGGCUAUGGAAUGCUUAAUUACAGAAGGAUUUAGCUUUUGAUUAUGUGCUGAUGCCCAUCAUGUCUUUUAUGACUAGCUUUGAUACCGCUUAUAUCUGGACUGCAUGAUAAUAUCAAAUGAAUUGGCCUUUCCAGUGAGCUUA